GCAAAACAACAAACGGCCUUCGUGUUUCUCUUCAUCACCUUUCACGAUUCAGAUCUGUUUGACCCCAAACUUCACUUCCCCCAACAACACGCACAUUUUCCUCACACAUUUACACUUUUUCCUCACACAUAUAUAAGCACACACAGCAAAACAACUGAAAUCAAAAAGUGCAAAUUUGAUUCUAGGGUUUACUGUUCUUUAAAAUGGAUGGUCCAGCUCAUCAAGCGGACACCGUGAUGUCGGACGCGGCGCAGCAACCAGCUCCUCCGCCACAGCCGGUUGCUGGAAUCGAUAACAUUCCGGCGACGUUAAGCCACGGCGGCCGGUUUAUUCAAUACAAUAUUUUUGGUAAUAUAUUUGAAGUUACUGCAAAGUAUAAGCCACCUAUUAUGCCCAUCGGUAAAGGAGCUUAUGGCAUUGUUUGUUCUGCUUUGAAUUCGGAGACGAAUGAGCAUGUUGCGAUAAAGAAAAUCGCGAAUGCUUUUGAUAACAAAAUUGAUGCCAAGAGAACUUUGCGUGAGAUUAAGCUUCUUCGACAUAUGGAUCAUGAAAAUAUUGUUGCGAUCAGAGAUAUAAUUCCACCGCCUCAAAGAGAAGCAUUCAAUGAUGUUUACAUUGCAUAUGAGCUCAUGGACACUGAUCUCCAUCAAAUUAUUCGCUCUAAUCAGGGAUUAUCAGAAGAACAUUGUCAGUAUUUCUUGUAUCAGAUCCUCCGUGGGUUGAAAUACAUACAUUCUGCAAAUGUUUUGCAUAGGGACUUGAAGCCUAGCAAUCUCCUCUUGAAUGCCAAUUGUGAUUUAAAGAUAUGUGAUUUUGGGCUAGCUCGUGUCACUUCUGAAACCGACUUUAUGACCGAAUAUGUUGUGACAAGAUGGUACCGACCACCUGAGCUGUUGUUAAAUUCAUCUGACUAUACUGCAGCUAUUGAUGUAUGGUCAGUGGGUUGCAUUUUCAUGGAAUUAAUGGACAGAAAGCCUCUGUUUCCUGGUAGAGAUCAUGUACAUCAGCUACGUCUGCUUAUGGAGUUGAUUGGCACCCCAUCUGAGGCUGAAAUGGAGUUUUUGAAUGAGAAUGCAAAACGGUACAUCAGACAACUUCCUCUUUACCGUCGACAAUCUUUUGUCGAAAAAUUUCCACAUGUAAACCCUGCUGCUAUUGAUCUUGUUGAGAAAAUGUUGACAUUUGAUCCCAGAAGAAGAAUUACCG